UCUGCGUUCGCGGCACUCGGGACUUAGCGCGUGAGUCUUCGUCCUCGUUGUCGCCAUGCCCGCCGACAUCAGCCAGUGGUCCGGGCCGCUGAGCCUGCAGGAGGUGGACGAGCGCCCUCAGCACGCGCUGCGGGUCGCCUACGCCGGGGUGGAGGUGGACGAGCUGGGCAAAGUGCUGACGCCCACCCAGGUUCAGAAUAGGCCCAGCAGCAUUUCGUGGGAUGGCCUUGACCCAGGGAAACUCUACACCCUGGUCCUCACCGACCCGGAUGCUCCCAGCAGGAAGGACCCCAAAUUCAGGGAGUGGCACCAUUUUCUGGUGGUCAACAUGAAGGGCAAUGACAUCAGCAGCGGCAAGGUCCUCUCUGAUUACGUGGGCUCUGGGCCUCCCAGUGGCACAGGUCUACGAGUUCCCUGGAGUUCUCCAAAGUGGACGUUCUACACUGAUCAGCUCGUGCGAAGCUCUUGCCUCCACCGCUACGUCUGGCUGGUGUACGAACAGGACAAGCCACUGAACUGUGACGAACCCAUCCUCAGCAACAGGUCAGGAGAUCAUCGCGGCAAGUUCAAGGUGGCGGCCUUCCGCAAGAAGUAUCACCUGGGAGCCCCCGUGGCAGGCACAUGUUACCAGGCGGAGUGGGACGACUACGUGCCCAAGCUGUAUGAGCAGCUCUCUGGGAAAUAGAGGUGCCGUGGAGGCCAGCGGUCCUGGGGACCCCCACAGUAUUGUCGAGUUGUACAAAGCAUGCUGUUUCUCCUUCUUCCUUCCUACCCCUCGCAGGGAGUCCCGAGCUGUGCUAGGAUAGAGGUGUAGGGUGAUUUUCUGCUGCCUAUCCUUAGGAUUCUAAUAAUCGUAUCCGGGUUUAUGUUUGCUCGAAUUUAGUCUCCAUCUAGGGGGUGUUUGGUGUUCUGAUGGAGUCCUUGUAUUGUUAAUUUAAGAUUUGCAACUCUGAAAAGUAAAGACACUCUGCCCCAUGUGAGGGUGAGGGCUAGUGUUGUCUGUACGUGGUUUGACAAGGACUCGCCCAGAACCAGGCAUGGUGGCAUCUUCUGAGAUGUGUUUUUAAAGUUCUGUCCCCAACUGGGACAACACAAGGCUUCCAUUUCAGCUGGGGCAGGCGGCUGCACAGGUGUUGGUGUCCUGUAGCUCUAAAGAACAGGGCUACUGUGCUGAGGCGAGGCCCCAGAGAGAGGGCUAAGUCUUGCUUCUCAGCAUGAGUAAAAGUUCCUGGAGUUGCUUGGUGUGUUAAUCUUGUCUGUACAUCAUCAAAUAAAAAUAAAGGCAUUGAA